AUGAACGGACUGGCUGAGGUCGUCGACGGCUCAGGCACGAUCGAUCCGGCUAAUUUGAGUAACUCCGUCUCUGCUCUGCCGGCACCAUCCCCUGCUGAACCCAGUCUCCGUGGGAUCAAGCGUAGUCGCACUCCAGAUCAUAGCGGGAAUGGUCAUCCAGAAGGCGAUCAGGACGAUGAGGAUCAAGGCCGUCGCAAACGCGGUCGUCCCCCAAAGACUUCCCGAGCUGGCUCUAGCGACCAUCCAGCUGGGAGCACCCCGGUGCAAACCCCCCAGAUGCAAUCCCGCCCACUCCCUCACCAACCUGCUGCAUCGCCUCCGUUGGCAUCGCCCCCCGACAAAGGCACGCCCACAAAGACUCUCGUCAAGGCCCUUCCGACCGUCCGCGACCACACAUCGGAUCAGCUGAAUCCGGAAGGCGACGAAUACAUCCCCAAGGAGUUUGAUGAUGCGGGAGAGACGAAGGUGGAUCCCAUGGGAUAUCCCCAAGGUGGCCGUGAAUAUAAAUGUCGAACAUUCCGCGUCCCCAACCGAGGCACCAAGCUCUUUAUGCUAGCGACCGAGUGUGCGAGGGUCCUGAACUAUCGGGAUUCGUACCUACUUUUCAACAAGAAUCGUUCGCUGCACAAGAUUAUCGCAAAUCAAGUCGAGAAAGAUGAUCUGAUCCAGCAAGAUAUUCUCCCGUAUUCCUAUCGCUCUCGUCAAAUUGCCAUUGUCUCUGCCCGAUCUAUGUUCCGGCAGUUCGGCAGUCGGGUAAUCGCCAAUGGUCGUCGCGUUCGGGAUGACUAUUGGGAGAGCAAGGCCAGGAAGCAGGGUUUCACGGAAGAAGACCUCGCGGGCGAGAAACGCCCCGGUGCCACCAAAGCCCGGGAUGCUACAACCACGGAAACCACAACUUCGACCCUAUUGCCCCUUCCCCAUCACGAUGUCAUCUUUAGCAACACCAUUGAUCCCUUGCCUCCGGGUCUAUCGUUGGAUGUUACAGAUACUUCGUCGCCGUUUAAUCAGCUACCUAUGAUUCAUAUGGCCACUACGGAUGAUCCACGACUCCGAGACUACAACACCAUGCCACGUUCGCGCCAAGAACUGACUGGUCAGCCCUACCAAGACAAUACUCGUACUAGUACAGGGGCAGAGAUCAUUCACCAGGCUCAAACAGCCGCAGAUUUCAACAAAGUCCUCAGCACGCAGCGAGGCUUUCGUCUCAGGGGUUUGGAUGAGUUUUAUGCCAAGCCCCGUGAACUUCCCGAAUCAGAGGCCCAGGUGACCACUGCGCUGGACUCUGGUUUGUCUGUAUCACAGCCCAUUCAAGCCGUCCAGGGACCACCGACGAGUAUCCCAACCGCUCCUCAUGGACAACAUCCAAUCCCUCAUCAAGCCAUGAUGUCCGGUCAACCAUCUUAUCCACAGCAGGCACAUCAUCAGCCCGUCGGCCAGUCUCCUGUACGGGGGAUGCCCGCAGGCAUACAACCCAACCUCAUGCACCAGCGAUCCAACCCAUCCAUCCCAGCAGGUGUACCCCAGGCCCCUUACGCAUACCCUCCUCAACAGUCGCAGCAGAUGUGGGGUCAGCCACCACUACAUCCACAGCAGCAGCAGCAGUCCCCCAUGGCCGCCUCCACUGCACAAGGGGUCGGGAUGCCUCAGUUCAACCAACAAAUGCCUCCGGCCCCUCCGCAGGCACCAUCCCCUCUUCAUCAUGGCCAGCAGCAGCAACCUCAGCAGUCCCCUCGCAACCAACACCGCCCAUCAGUGCCGCACAUGCCGCAGCAGUUUCAGCAGAUGCAGCAUCCUCAAGUACAGCAGCAAAUGGGCAAUAUGGGAUUCCCCUCCGGCGCUCCGGCUGGAUAUCCCAACAUGGCAGCCCGGGCCAUGUAUCCCUCUAACCAGGGACCGGGUGGUCAAGCUUUCAUGCCAGGCAACCCACAGCAGGCAGGCCUGGCUAUGGGCAUGGGUACCACGGGCGCUAUGCCCGGGUGGCCCGCGGGGCCUACCGGACCCAUGCAGCCCGGUCAACCCCAGCCAGGUCAAUCUGGCAGCCCAUUAGGUGGGUGGUCUGGCUACUAG